UCAGUGGAAAGUGUUGUUGGCAGCCAAAAAGUAGUAGGCUUUUAAAUAGGAGGAAAAAGGAAAGAAAAAAAAUCGUAUGACCCAAAAUUUCUCUAUUUUUCGUCACGAUUUCUCCGAUUAUCAUACAUAAAUCUCGCCGAUUAAGACAACCGCCGGGUUCGAUUUUGUCAGAUAAGAUCGACCAAUUUAAAAUUUCAGGAGAUUAGAGAAGAUGGAGUCUCAUGAUGAGACAGGGUGCCAAGCUCCUGAAGGCCCAAUCCUGUGUGUCAACAACUGUGGCUUCUUUGGAAGUGCAGCUACAAUGAAUAUGUGCUCCAAGUGUCACAAGGCAAUGAUUCUGAAGCAGGAACAGGCACAACUCGCAGCAUCAUCCAUUGGAAGCAUUGUUAAUGGUGGCUCUAGUGGGAAUGGUAAGGAACCAGCUGUGGCUGCUGCUUUGGAUGUACAAUCUGGAACUAUCAAGUCAAAAAUCGUGUCAGCAGAACCGUCCAUUGAUCCAUCCAAAAUGACUUUUGGUGGGAUGAAAACGAAAGAGGCUCCCAACAGGUGUACCACAUGCAGUAAGCGUGUUGGUUUGACAGGAUUUAAUUGUAGGUGUGGAAACCUCUUCUGUGCAGCUCAUCGUUACUCCGACAAACAUGACUGUCCUUUCGAUUAUAGGACUGCAGCUCGAGAUGCUAUUGCUAAAGCCAAUCCUGUAGUCAGGGCUGAGAAGCUCGAUAAAAUCUAAGAGUCCAGGAUCAAGGUGAAGAUUUGUGUAAUGAAAUAUGAUGCCUACUCCUUCUGCCCCCUUGUGUCUUCAGCUCAUCAUAGUGAAGGUUUAUGUAAGUUGGCUGCUUGUCUCAUUAGGUGUCCCCUUGAUUGAUAUAAAUGUUAAUAAGUCCAUGAUAGGGAGGACAUCGAUGCAGUGUAUGGAAGUCCAUAUUCCUUGUCGAUUGGUUGGCAACGUUCGCCCCAGUUUUUAAGUCUUUAUUUGUGCUGGUUUGAUGGACAACGAUAUCAUCACCUUGUAAUGCUUCUUUGUGGUAUGCAUUUCUUUCUAGUAGCACUGAUAAAUGGAGUGUUUUGCCCUA